AUGAAAAACGCAAUAAUUUCACACAACAUCGAUUUUGUUUGUUUUCUGAUGAAUGAAUAUCAACUCAAAAUCGAUUUUGUCUUGUGUAUUAUGUUCGAUAAUAUUCAAGCAUUUUUUGUAUAUUUAGAUCAAACAAGAGAAAUUUCAGUGUGUUUUGUUAAUUUGCCAUACUUUCGUCUUAAAUCACUUGUUAAUUAUUUCAUGCAGCAUGGAAUUGAUAUCAAUACAGUGGUUUUGUCUGAUACUGCUCUGAUUAAUUCAAUAAAAGUGGAAAGUUUGGAUUUAUUAGAAUAUCUUGUUUUAAAUGGAGCAAAUAUUAAUACUGGAUAUAAAUCAAGCCAUUCUCCCAUUCAUAUCGCAGCAGGUAGGGGUAAUGAAGAAAUCGUUCGGUUUUUAAUUUCACUUGGGGCUAAAAUAAAAAAUAAUAAAAAAAUAACACCGCCACUUCUUGUUGCUGCAGGCAAAAAUAAAAUUAAAAAUGCAAAGAUACUUAUAUCCAAUGGUGCUGAUAUUAAUGUAAAAGAUAGUGCUGAUAGGAAUGUUCUCUAUUUGUCAUUAGAAAAUUCAAACGAAGAAAUGACGAAAUAUUUUAUAUCAUGUGGUGCAGAUAUUCAUGCAAAAGAUUUUUAUGGCAAUACUACACUCCAUUAUGCAGCAAAGAACAAUUUAACUAACACAAUAAUAUAUCUUAUUUCUCAAGGUUUAAAUAUCAAUGAAAAAAAUUUAGAAGGAAAAACAGCACUACAUUAUGCAGCAAUGGGUAACUCUAAAGAUGCAGUUGAAUUACUUAUAUCACUUGAUGCAAAUAUUCACAUAAAAGACAACGACAAGAAACCAGCAAUUCAUUAUGUAAAAAUAAAUAAAUAUAAAGAAAUCAUCAGAAUUCUGCGAUCUCAUAAAAAUGAUCAUUAUGGUUUAAGACAUCUUUCACUCUGCAAUAUAGUCUAA